AAAGAGAGAGAGAGAGAGAGAGAGAGAGAGCAGAAGCACGGUGCUGAAUAACGAGCUGCUGCGUGGCUGAUGAUUAGCAUGACGCGCAGGAAUGGCAUUCGGACCUCGGGUGUGAUCGGAGCUGAUAGAUUCUCAGGCGGCUCAUGCGGCUCCUCCCCAUCUCCUCCGUGACACCACUUUUCGGUUGUUGGCUCUUUUUUUUUGUUUUUUUUUUUUGGAGUGCGUGUUUUGGGGACACCAGAACGAGCUUGACUUUCCAGCCCACAGGACACGGGAGCGAUUUGAAAAGUUAUCCCAGAGCGCUGAUUACUGCGCGGCGCCGCUUUUCUCUUUCUCGUCCUCCUGGAAGACGCGCAGCCCUGUGAUUUUUUCUUUCCUCCUCCUGCGAAGCGACCACGAGUUGAGGCUUUAGUGAGGACACGGUGUCUAACAAGCGGCACAAAGGGGACGCGCUCGCAUUGGCUUAAACCGAAUCAUGCUUUUAGGGUUGCUAUAGUGUUACACAAGGUGCGGGUUUUUUUGUUGCUCUUAAGAGCUGUCACUGCCUUUGGAAGUGCAUGUGCUCUGCUGCUGAGAGAGAGAGAGAGAGAGAGAGAGAGAGAGAGAUGGUCGCUCCGAUGAACUUAGUCAAAGCCUGACAUCCCAUAUGGACUGUGACCGACUUUUAUAAAUAAGCUACCGUGCAUUUUAUAGCACUCAUUUCUUUUCUUCUGUGUGCACAGUGCAGGGUUUCUUUCUUUCUUUUCAAUUUUUUAAACAGAAGGUCCUGGACAUUUUUUUUCUACUCUAUGUUUGUCUUUGUUUCUACGAAUCCCACUGUGCUCUAAAGACACCAAGGCCACCGAUGUAAAAAUAAAAUCCAGCUGCUGAAUAACGAAAACCACAGACCUGAUAGCGCAGCUGGAUUUUAGAGAAGAGGAAUACGAGACAGAUAUCUGGCUGUAGUGAUGCUGCAUGUGGAAAUGGUGCUGUUGGUGUGUGUGCUGCUGUGGAUGUGUGUGAUGAGCCAAGAGCCGAGCUCGAAGGUGAUGGCCGACCGCUAUGCUGUCUACUGGAACCGCACGAACCCCAGGUUUCACCGUGGAGACUACCACAUCGAUGUUUGCAUAAACGACUACCUGGAUGUCUACUGCCCACAUUAUGAGGAUUCGGUUCCUGAGGAGAGGACAGAGCGCUAUGUCCUCUACAUGGUGAACUAUGAUGGCUACAGCACCUGUGAUGACACAGCCAAAGGCUUCAAGCGUUGGGAGUGCAACAGGCCACACUCACCCAAUGGGCCACUCAAAUUCUCUGAGAAGUUCCAGCUCUUCACACCCUUCUCUUUGGGUUUUGAGUUCCGGCCGGGCAGAGAGUAUUAUUAUAUAUCAUCCAUGGUUACAGAGAGUGGAAGAAAAGGCUGUCUUAAGCUGAAAGUUUUUGUCAGACCAGCAAACAGCUGUGUGAAAAUCAUAGGUGUUCAUGAUCGAGUGUUUGACGUUAAUGACAAAGUAGACAAUUCAUUAGAACCAAGAGAUGACACUAGUCAUGAAUCAGCCGAACCAUCUCGGAGCGAUACAGCUAAUUCAGGGCAUCGACCCCUAAUGGCACGUCUGCUGAUGGCUUUCUUGCUGUUCUGCAUUUCUGCACUUCUUACCUUAUAGCCUCGUAUGUCCUUCCUUCAGACAAGUCCCAGCAGCCCCCUCUGCUCCUUGCCCAAGCAGCCACCAGGCUUGUACAGACAAGGGCUCUAGGCCACAGGAUUCCUCUGAGACUCUCCAGGAGCGCUACAUUUGGCCCCUUUCCCAAAUAUUUAAGUGGCCCUUUAUCAAGAAGAUAAAUGAUUAGUAAUAUGAGGGAGAAAAGCUAAUCUAGCCUUUAGUAAAUCAGUGAAGAACUCAAUCCAGUUGUAACAUCGCAUAGGAUCCAUGCUGUGUAGCCAAACAUUGGAUUUAAGUGUUUUUUUAAUUAAAAUAAACAUGUAUAAAUGUAUACAUAAAGGGUUUUCCCUGGUACAGAUUUAUGAAACAUUGAAAGUCUUUUUGUCUGCUUGUUCCUGUUGGCUUUUUUUCCUACCCCAUACAAAUUGGCAAAGAUCAACAGAUUGUCAAAAUCUAAAUUUGACUAAAACUGUAUGUGCAGAUGGCUGGAGGUCUGGAUUGCACUCAAAGGGGAAAAUGGCUGUGUGUUUGUUAAUUGACAUAAUGUUGGAUUGGAAAUGAGCGUGAGGUAAAACAUUUAUUCUCUGCAAACAAAGAGACUUAUCUUAGUAGACCACAGCAUUAAAACAGUGCUUUUUGUAUUUUGUAGGAUAAACCUACUGCAGCAUAAAUAACUCUAUUUUUUUCCUGUUGGCUUUUAUCUAUUGUUAAAAAACAGCAACAUUAACAAUUCAUAGAAAACUCCUGGUCAUAAUGACUGUGAGUGUGCAGCUCUGUAUAUACAGCACCACGAGAGACUGCACAUGGUUAACAUUAUUCCCCCCCUAAUUUUCUGAAUGGAAAUAGUAGUGUCUCUUGGAGUCAGCUUUGCAAAUAAGAUCCAGGGCUAGGGAAAAAAAAUGCCUUUUAUUUUCAACUGCACUGAAAUGGCCAUAAACCCAUGUGAAGUGCCCACAUAUUCUUAUACUGUAUAACAUUAACAUUAACUAUGACACCAAAUUUUUUGUGAGCCUGCUCUUUGCCUUUGCAUGGCAGCCUUAGAUAUGAAAUGUGCUUUGUCAGGCCUGUAACAAGUAGGCUCAAGGAAGACCAGAGCAUGCCCAGUUAUACCUCAGUGACUCUGUAAUGAGGUUUUAAUUUGGCUGGCAUGCAGAGCCUAUGCUGUCUGUAUUUGUGGUAUUGAAACUAGAAGGUUAAUUGCAUGGACAAUGCUGAGGUGACUUGAAUUUCGCCGGGACUUUUUAACCUUGAGUGUUCUGUGUGAGUGUGAGUACACAAGCAACAGCUCAUACUGCGAAGCUGUUUUGGUGAAGGCAUGGGCAAUUAGGUAGUAGGCACAAUAAACAAUAGUGGGAACUUUUUAAAAGGUCUGAUAUUGUGUAAUUGUUUCUGCUUUAUCGAUUCUCAGUAGGCCUGUUUUCCCCCCUUUACUUUUCCAUUCUGGGAUCCUGGAGAGGAGGUGCAUUCCUGUUAUAAUGGCAACCGAUUGUGCAGAAAGACCACUUGGGGUGUUUCAUUUAGAGAAGGAAAAAUGCCACCACAUGUGCUUAAUUUCAUGGUCCAAAUCUAAAAGUAUGGAAGCCUUUAGAACUCUAAUUCAAUAGUAUUUGUAUACCUACCAUUUAUACUCUUGAUUAUAAUGCUUAUCAUACUUUAUACACACUUUAAACCAGGAAAUAAGGCGCAAUUACAUGGAUACUGUGUAUCCUAAUGUAGUCAAGAUGUCAUUAAACAACUACAGAAAACAUCACCUACCAUUAUUAUAAUUAUUAUUAUUAUUAUUAUUAUUAUUAUUAUUAUUAUUAUUAUUAUUACUGAUAUGCGAAAGCUCUUGUAUAUAGUGUUUGAUAUGGAGGUAUUCAUUUGAUUAAAUCUUUUCUACAAAAAAAAAAAAAGGAAACUAAUAAAGUGAAAAAAGACUUCUGAAGAACUGAUGUGAGCAUACAUGAACAUAAUCUUCAGAAGCCAAUGGAGCCAGUACAUAACAAACUUAGAUCUGUGGAGGGAAGCCAACCGGCAUCCAGAGCGUUUCAUCUUUCACAUGCAUGUAUUUCAGAUCUCCUCCUGCCAUCACCAUCAAUUGGAAGCUUCAGCCAGAGAGCAGUGGUGGAUUGUAUGUAACUGAAUUCAGUGUUUUUGAGGGUUUCACUGUCUGAAAGCAUUUCUUGUUCAGCCUGUUUAUUUUUUUCCCCCCAUAAAGGACUUGUCAGUUUCAUUAUGUGGCAUGCGCAUGAACUUAACAAUGAUAAACGUUAGAUAAAGUGUUGUUUUUGCUUGUUUUUUCACCUCUGGUUGUUCUGUAUGUUAAUUACAUAAAUUACGUGCUUCUCUCAAAGCUUUGUCCAUUAAAACGGAAGCAUUGCACAGAUGAGUAGAUGAGAUGUUUUACCCACACUAUCCACCCAGCAGGAUGGAGGAUUACUGUAUAGAGCACUGUUAUGGACUGGCAGCAAGAAUAUAGGGAUAGAGCAAGGUUGUGUUUGCUUUCUGUUUUCAUUUAAUAAGGAGAAUUUGCCAUCCCUUAAAUAAUUUAUUUAAACCAAGGAAAUCAUGUUAUUACACAACAACUCAACACUUGCGACACCCUUUUUUCCUCUUUGCGAGAUGCAGCCACAUUUGGUUGUCAAUAAGGUGGCCUUUCCUGCCGUAGUCCUUAAAUCCUUUAAAAUGCCAAAACCAGUGUUUGUACCAUCCAGUUACUGGCACCUUUUUUUCUGAUUUUCUAGGUUUUUUUUGUUUGUUUGUUGUUUACUCAACCCUUACCCUUUUCCUCCGAUUCUGGGGAAAUUUGUACAUAUACUGUAUAUCAGAACGCCCAUGUGCUCCUGUUUUUUUUUUUGUUUUGUUUGUUUUGUUCUGUUUGUUUGUGAUUCUUAUUUUUUCUUUGCAUCUCUUGGUGCUGUGUUUGAUCAGCUUUCAACACUGUACAAACAGGAACAGAAUUUUGAAACAGAUAAUAAUAAUAAAAAAGGUCUGUAUUUGUAUAUACAGUACAUGUGUCUGAGCAACUAUGAAUAAUGAUUAAAGGAAAAACACAUCG